AUGUUAACACUGCCAACUAUUCAGCAAUUGUCCUCUUUGGUGAAAAAGGACCUUUACCUGGUCACCAAAGUCUCUACAGAAGAUUUGCUACGAAAUGAUCCAGAAUUCAAAAAUAAAAUCAAGGCACAAGCCUUACUAUACCCUGCCCUACAAAUGAUUGACACCUUUCUGCCAUCUCACCGAGAGUAUGGACAUGGUCCAAUCCUGCACAGGGAGAUGAUGCUACGGGUGGCAUCUCUAUAUGUGACUAAAGACUCAUCACUGACUCAGGCCUUACUGAGAAAUGUGCACAUGCCCGAAGAAUCAAGGCACCUAUUCAAGUUUGCUAACUGGAGUGACUUUCUUCCUGAGAAGUAUAAAAAGAACCAUGUUUACACUGAACCAGUGCUUGGAAAAUGGAAUGCUUCCUACCCAGCAUUUAUGGACAGCAGAAUGUUUCCUUUGUUAGUCAAUGACUCCCAGUUGCAGAAUUUGCCUCUCACUUACAUCCUCUCUUGUGAACAUGAUCUAUUGAGAGAUGAUAGUUUCAUUUACAUCACUCAGCUUAGAAAUGUUGGAGUUAGGGUUAUUCAUGAGCACAUAGAGGAAGGUGUUCAUGGGGCUCUCUCAUUCACUAUGGGUACAUUGGCUUUACAUCUAGGAUUUAAAAUAAGAGAUAUGUAUAUUCGUUGGUUAGAGGAAAACCUACCUAUAAAUUAG